GAACCGUCGAAGUCAAGAGGUCAUAGCAAAAUAUACAAAAUUCCCUCUACUAUUUUCAACUAGGGUUAUGACGAUCUAACCCCGUAUGCUAUACGCAUGUAUGUGACUGGGAAGAUGUAUUAUACUGGAAGAAUUACCGAUGGAGGAAGGCGGUUGCGGAGGUAGCGACGGUGCAUCGCCAUCAUCGUCGGCAUUAUUAAAUGGUGGUGGACGGCAAAGGUUUGAGGUGGAGUUGAGGCCGGGAGAGACAACAAUUGUGUCGUGGAAGAAGCUUAUGAAGGAUGCCAACAAAGCUGCAAAUAAUAGUCUGCCCCCUCCUGUACCUGCUCCUCCUAUGCCUCCUGCUGUUGCUGUUAAUCAAGCCCUAGAUCCUCUUAAUGCUCCACCGGGAGAGCCUGCUGAAAAUGAAGGUAAUGAUGCAGCUCCUGGUAGCCGUUUUGGUGCUGUUAUUGAGAAGAUUGAGCGCUUAUACAUGGGUAAAAACAGUAGUGAUGAGGAAGAUCUCAAUGAUGUUGUUCCUGAUGAUGAUGAGUAUGAUACUGAAGAUUCUUUCAUAGAUGAUACCGAGUUGGAUGACUAUUUCCAGGUUGAUGAUUCUCAAAUAAAGCAUGAUGGAUUCUUUGUUAAUCGUGGCAAGUUGGAGCGCACAACUGUUUCAAAGAAUAAGCCUACUGCUUUGCCAAACCAUCAAAGGAAAAAGAGAAGGAAAGAUUCAGAAAAAGCUAGUGGUGGGAAUGAUAUUGGCCAGCUGAAUACUCAGAAAGUUAAAAAUAAGGAAGCGGGAAAGGUACAUGCACCAGUAGACAAAAAUUCCAUCAUUUCAUCUCAGAGUAAAGCUUCAUCCACUAUAAUUCCUUCAAGUUCUGAGGCUACAAUAAUGACAAAGAACAUUGACAAGCAGAAGGCUGUGGUAUGCCAACCCAAAGACCAUGGUAGUAAAUUGAAAAAUGGAAGUCCCUCCUCUGUGACUCCAUUGCAGAAGUCUAAUGACAAUAGCUCUAAUGUGAAAUCAAGUUCUCAUUCCGGGCUAUUGCUUAACAACUCAGAAGAGUUGAAUCAUUCUCUUCCCAUUGGAGAGAAAAAUGUGAUUCGUGAACAAUCAAAAGCCAAGGCCACCAGGACCACUCAGCAAGCUACACAGAAGAACCCUCUCAUGGUGAGAAAGGAAGGUUCAAAUACCAAACCUAAAAGUACAAUGCUUGAGAAAGCUAUCAGGGAUUUGGAGAAGACUGUUGUGGAAUCAAGGCCACCAAACAUGGGAGUUGCUGAUGCUGACACUUGUUCUCCAGUUGUCAAAAAGAGAAUGCCUCCUGACAUAAAGCAUAAGCUAGCUAAAGUUGCUAGACUUGCGCAUGCAAACCAUGGGAAAAUCUCAAAGGAGCUACUUAAUCGGUUGAUGAGCAUUGUUGGUCAUCUGAUACAGCUCAGAUCAUUGAGGAGAAAUAUUGUAAACAUGAUUAAUAUGGGAUUGUCUGCCAAAGAAGAGAAAGAUGCCAGGAUGCAGCAGUUAAAGAAACAAAUAGAGGAGAUGGUUAAGAUAAGGUCACCAAUGAUGAUGUCCAGGGCUAUGGAGCAGCAGCUGGUUGGAGAAUCUGAUGAUUUUCAAGAAAGUGGGACCAAAGAAAAAGAAAUUUUUAAAAGAAAAAUUACUAUGGAUGAUGCAUUAGAGGAUAAGAUAUGCAUCCUUUAUGACCUUUUUGUUGAGGGACUGGAUGAAGAUGCAGCUCCUCAAGUUAGGAAGCUCUAUGCAGAUCUUGCAGAACUGUGGCCACAAGGUUUAAUGGACAAUCAUGGGAUUAGAGGAGCAAUUUGUAGGGCAAAAGAUAGGAGAAAAGCACUACACAAGCAUAAGGGUCAAGAGAAGUUGAAAAGGAAAAAAAUUACCCGUACAAAAACCAAUACUACCAUUGACAUCGAGGCAAGCUCUGUAGCUUCAGAAUACAAAUUUUCUACUGCAGUCACCCAGGCAAAGAGAAAGAUGGAGGUGGAGUAGUAGUAUGAAGCUUAAAUCCAACUUGGAUAAAAAUGUGAAUAACUCAGAUCAGAUUCUAAUAUGUGAGUUUGGCUCCAAAUAUGUUUCAAUGGGCACAUGAUAGUUUCCGUUUACGUAUACACAAGAUAAUACACGCUCCAUCAAUUUUUUUAUAAUAGAGGUGGAAAAAUGUGAUGUGAAUGAUUAGUCG